ACUGCUCAAGUUGCUGAAGCCCGCGGGGACGUGGUAUCCAGCAGUGAUUCCAAGAUGGUGGUUCUGGUGCUUGAUAAUGGCGCCAGUUCAGCAAAGAUAGGAUUUAACACCACAGACAGUCCAAGACUAAUUCCGAAUUGUAUUUUCAAAGCGAAGAGCGAGAGAAGAAAGUUGUUUAUAGGCGACCAGCUCGAGGAGUGCAAAGAUUAUUCGGGUCUGUUUUACGUGCUUCCUUUCCAAAAGGGCUUCUUAGUCAACUGGGAUGUAGAGAAGCAAAUAUGGGACUACAUGUUUGGCAAGGAAGUUAUGAAGGUUGACUUUCCUGAAACAAUUCUUCUUCUGACUGAACCACACUUCAACUUUACUUCCAUCAAGGAUGCAACAGAUGAAAUUUUAUUUGAAGAGUAUAACUUUAAGGCUCUUUGCCGCUCAUCAGGUAAAAGACAUGCUUUAAACUUUACUUUGGUAGUCAAGAUUGCUGCUUCAAGUUAUUUCAGGUAGCUAGGCCCCUAACUUUGCAAAAAAUAUUUUUUGUUAAGUCGAGAGGAAACAAAGGUUGUUGCUGUUGUUGUCAACUGCUCCUUUAGUUUGUGUUAUAUGACAUUAAAGUCACUGGCCCAUCAUUCCUCUUUUGCACAAAUCUGACAGGUGCCAUUCUAUGCAUUUGAAUAAGAGGAGACAAAAAGGAUUAACCAAUGAUACUAUUUCUCAGUUCAUUUACAGUAGAUAAAUAAAUGUUUCCAUUUUCA